AUGCCAUCACUUGGCACCGCUCUACCAUUGACGGUCCUCACAAUUAGCGUCAUAGCUUAUCAGCCGUUGAAAGAUAAUGGCCCCAAUUCAAAGACAACCCAUGUGAAGACGCUCGCCGGCGGUUUUUUCAAUAUGCCAUCUUUUUUCAAAAUGCCCGAUUUGUCGAACGUUAAAAAUUUCCAUUCAUCAACGGUGAAGAAAUCGGAAAAGAAAUCAUCAGCCAAUGAACAAUCGUCAAAGAAGAUCUCGAGGAUUUCCGCCGACGGUCGUGUCGAGACGCACGAGGAGGCGAAAAAUGUGAAUGAGAAGGAUUCGUUUGCCGAAGAUUCCGAAUCAGAGUAUGAGCGAAAGGAAGACGCUAGUGGAUCGGUGAUCGAAUCCAAUGCUGUCAAGAAUGUUUCCAGUCGCGAUCGCGAAGCUAGCUCGGAUAGUCUCGAUAGAAGAUCAAUUGUCAACGCUGAUGGCACCUCCUACAUGCUGGAGAACAAAACCAACGAAUGCGAGGAAUUACAAGACCGACUCGAUCAACUCAAUAUUACCCAAACCGCCAAAUUAUCGGAUGGAAGCUCGGCUGUUGUCAGCAGCGGUCACGAUAACAGCGCUUCAAAGAUAAUGAAGGAGUCGUCGGCGAGCGAACUUCAAUCGCAAGAGUAUGCCGAUGGAUCAACGUAUUCUGAAGCAAAGUCAAAAGAAGAUAAAAUGGCCGGACGGACGAGUAAUCAACAUUCGUUUGAUAUUCUUCUGCAGAAUGAUGCCAAUGGAAAUAGCAAGGAAAUUCGAAAACAUAAUAUUUCGAGCGAUGUAAAAAUGAAAUCAUCUGGAAACCAGAUGAGCGAAAACAAGUUGAAAACAGCCGACGGUUUGGAGAAACGCAAUCGCACGUCUUCCGAAUACAACAGCCGUGUCAAUUCGCAAAAGCGAAACAAUUCCAUCGUCGAUAAUGAAGUGUCAGGCCAGAAUUUCUCAACGAUAUUGAAAACCGACAGCAUGGAAAAUACGAAUAUCGAAAUGGGCGGUAAAAAUGCAAGCCUUCAAACUACGAAACAAAACGGAGAGCUGGUGUUCAGCCAGAGAGAUGAAUUCGAUACUUGUGUGUUGGAUAACAAGGAGGAGGCUCGAAAAACUGAGAACAUAUUUGCUAAUGAUACCAGCGAUUAUAUGAAAAUACAUAAUUUGGAAGACCGAAGAACUAAUCAUACUGGAGGUUCUUAUGAGAACGAAUUGCAUGAUCGAUAUGAGAACGAUUUGAACGGAAACGUUCAAACCGACACGCAUACCAAGGGAAAAACCAACGAAUUUGCAAAGGCCGAAUACCAAAAGAAGAGAUAUAGCAUUAUCGAAGAGGAUGUUAACAAUAUGGACAGUCAAACGUUUAAAGACGAGAAUGAGAAACGCAAGAAGACGAAAAAUCUCGCCGAUGGAUCGGAAUCGGUUGACGUCGACGAUAAAACGUUCCGCGAAAACGGAACGAAUCAAUUCAAGAAUUAUACGUGGAAUAGAUAUGACGUUAAUGGCAAAGAUUACAAAACGACGAUUGUAGAAACCUCGCGAAUGAAUAACAAGCUGGAUCAGAACAAUGAUACCAACACAUACAAGAUGGAUCGUGGCGACGAUGGCUAUAGCGUAUUGAAUGGAAGCACAUCGGUCCAGAAUAAAGAUGAUUCCGAUAUUGAUAUCAGGGUUAGAGAAGUUUACAAUAAGGUCGAUGGAGAACUAACAAUCGACGCAAGCAAUUCGGAAACGGCGAAAGUUAACAACGCGAGGACAAAAACUGAUGAUUUGAUAUCUGAUGUUGAAGACGCUCAAGGAAACAAAAAUUUCUCCGACGUUCAUCUUCGCGAGCAAAAUCGCACAGACUACGAUCUUUUCCAGGCAAAAACGAAUUUAACAAAUGUUGGAAUUGACGGAGACGUUCAAAUGAGAUCCGUUUACUCGAAUUGGACUAAUAACCGAACAGGACAUGACACCGAUGAGCUUCGCAAUGAAAUGUUCAAGGGAAAAGAUGGAUUAUUUGAGAAUAAAAAUCUUGAAAAAUCGCGCAGAAAUGAUACAAAUAUAUAUGCGUUCGAAGGAGCAAAACAGAACAUGACGAAAAGCAGCGACGGAGAUGUGGCGGUCGAUUCGAGUGUCUCGUCGCGUCGCCUCAACAGUACCGCUGUAAAUGACAAAGAGCAUUUGUUAUUGGAGGCUCUAUUGAAAAACGGCUCGUCGAUUAACCACGAGCACGAAAACACCGACGCACGGAAUCACACGAAUGGAAAUUUCAAGAUUGACUUGACAAAUGGAAUGCAGACGGCUGAUGGAGACAUGUCGGUUCGCCAAAGGCAUCAAACAUACGCCAAUGCUAGUGAUGUUAACAAAAAUAGUGCCAGUCUCAAAUUGAACAACCGUGGAACGAAUGGCCAAUUCGAAAUUGUCGACAACUUUGUUGAAAACGGCGACAAUAACAACACGUUCGCAAUCAAUCAAACGACUUCUCAAUUAGACAAUAUUGGCGGAGUGGUAUAUCAACAUGUCGCCAAAGCUGAUACCCUACGCGCCAGAGACAUCAAUGAGGAGAAUCAAAACGGACGCGUUCAGGAUAAGGCCAACAAUACCUACACAGACUCCGAUAGUGAUGUGGAGCGUACAGAUUUUAACGCAUGA